GUGCGCGCGCGCGCGUGUGUAUGUCUGUGUUUGACAUUUUUAUCUUUUUCUUAUGCUUCUUCCCUUUAAGAUGAAAACACUAUAGUCAUAUAUAAUGCGUGUGCAUUUAUAUGCGUGCGUGUGUAUACACACACACACACACACACACACACACAUAGACACCUGCAUGCAUAUAGUUUUUCUUGCGGGAGGCAGAAAGACGAGGAAGGACGGGUAGAGGUUGCUAGAAGGAAAUCACCACCGUAGAGACCUGUUCGGUGGUAGAGGUGAACUUUGGAACCACACUGGGCCAGGCUGGAGGCUAGAGGAGACACAGGGCUCUUUGGAGAUGGGUUUGUAGAAAACGCCCGAAGACUGUCAAUCAAAUAGCGCAGCCGGUCGCCACGCUACCCAGGCAGAUGGAAAGGAGGCUGGAUCUUCAGAAGAACCGUCCCUGACUGGGUGUGACUCUGAGGUCCUGGGGAGAGCUCCGGAGUGUCCCUGAAGACAAAGUCCAUGGGGACGGUACCUGACCCUCUGAGGGCGGCUAAAACGUCUCUGAUCGCAGCUUCUGGGAACGAAGGGGAUCUGGGAGGGCUGCGGACGGCCGCACCCCCGCACCGCCCAGCUGUCCUGUGCCCGAACGCCAAUGGCUUCUCGGGCGCCCCUGCAGAAGCGGACCUCGGCCCCCGGGCAGCCACCGAGCCCCUGAUGCAGGGCCCCGAGCAUGACAGCCCCCGGCGGGACAUGCCCUCCCCGGGUGUCUUCAAUGAAGUGGGGAAAGCAUCUCCUGCGCUCAACUGUCCUGCCAGUCCCCAGCCGCCAGCCCCAAGUCCCGCAGCUGGGGAGGAUCUCGCCCGCGCGCCGUCCCCAAUGCCAACCACUCAGCGCGCCCACCAGCCCGUCCCCGGUGCCCAGUGCAGCGCCAGCCCCUCGUCGGUGCCUGCAGAUUCCCCGGUGGCAUCACAGAGGACCUCAAAGGAGGAGCCAUCGGAGAAGCCAAGCUGCCCCGCAGGAGCCACCUGCGGUAGCAGCAAAGAUCCCGUGUCCUGGGAGUUUCCUUCUGGAAAAAUAGCCCAGGCUGCAAACGCUGCAGCUAAGGUGCCCGGUUCAGUGCGCUCUCCCGGAAGGGGACCUGAAGGGGAGGGGCAGGGGGCCACCUGUGACUCCGAGACCAGGUCCUGUGACCCUCCAGCUGGAGAGGAUGGAUGUUCAGAGGACAAGCGGCCCACUGUCCCUGCCUCUGACCCCCCAGGCGUAACUCCUGUGCCCCCUCCACCACCCGCCGUCGCUAAGGAAGGUUCGGCGCAUCCUUCAGAUGCAGAGAAGGGGCUGCAGCCGGGGCAGCAGCAGAGGGCAAGGUUCAGAGAAGCCAGCACGAUGACGCACCACGCUGAGAGUGACACCGGGGCAGGUGCCGGCAGGGCUCGGCAGGACGUGGAGGUGCAGGCAGUGGCGAGCGUCGAGAGCAGAUCGGUCUCCACCAGCCCCAGCAUCCUCGCUGCGUUCCUAAAGGAGAGCCCUGCCCCGGGGCGCCUGGAGCAAGAGCACCUGUGUGUCGUCUGCCGCGGUGGCGGCGGUGGCGGCCACACGUUAGAGCUCUCUGCCAGCCCGCCGGGCCCCCCGGAGCCGGGCCGGUGCCUUGGUCUCAUGCCACAGGUGCGCAUCCAGACGGCUGCAGCUGUCUCCGCCGCAGCGUGCCGCGGGGAAAGCGACCCAGGGGAGCCACCAGGUGAGGCCCCUAAAACCUCAUCCACCCGCGUGGCCUCCGGGAAUCCCGGGGAGACGUGCAAGGAAGAUGGGGGGUCGGCAGGAAUGACUCCAGGGAGGGGAGACCCCGGCGCUCACCAGCUCUCGGGGACUCACGCCAGCUCCCUGAAAGCCGGCCCCGUUGGUGACACUUGCAUCAGCGCGGGCGGUCAGGCCGCGACAAGUCACGCAAUGGGAAAACGGGACGCCGAGCCGCCCGAGCCUGCGGCGCAAACCGCACGCGGCCCCAACGCAGCCGGGGACUGCACACCGCCCGACGCCUGCGGCCCUGCGCAGAGCGGGGGCUUGGACCCCACCUGCAAAGGGGGCGCCGGGGACGGCCAGCCCGCGUCCGCUCAGGCAGUCAGGGGACAAGAAGAGGCUGCUGGCACCCACGCCCCGGACGCCAAGAGCGCACUGCGGCUCGACCCGCAGUCCCGGGACGCCGGAGGGGCAGGCCCGGGCGCGAGCCCCACGCCCUCCCCGGCGAGGAAGGGCGCGCCGGAGGACGACGGCCAGCCCCGCGCGGCCGCCAGCCUGGGCCUGCCCCCCGACGGCCCGGGCGACGCCAGCCCGGGCUCCGGCAAGAGGACGCCGGCGCGCGCGGUCAGGGCCAGCCCGCGCAGGGCCAGCCGCGUCAGCGACUUCCUCAGGGAGCAGAGGCUGAGCGUGGCGGCGGCCGCCGCGCAGGUGGGGCUGGCGCCCGGGGAGCGCAGGAAGCCGCCGGGCGCCGAGGCCAGGCUGCAGCCGAAGCAGUCCAAGCGCGUCAAGGACGUGGUGUGGGACGAGCAGGGCAUGACCUGGGAGGUGUACGGCGCGUCCCUGGACCCCGAGUCCCUGGGCGUCGCCAUCCAGAACCACCUGCAGAGGCAGAUCCGGGAACACGAGAAGCUGAUCAGGACCCAAAGCGGCCAGAGCCGGAGGUCCGUCUCCUCGGACGCGUCUUCGCACAAGAAGCUCAAAGGCAGGCAGCACCGGGUCUUCCAGUCGGUGCUGCAGAACUUCCGGCGCCCCACCUGCUGCGUGCGGCCCGCCCCGUCCUCCGUGUUGGACUGACAGGCCACCUGCCGGCGGGGGAGUAGUCCCCGUCUACACUCGCGGUAUGCGUGCGCCUCUCCACCUUUGUCAAGGCUGACUUGGUGGUUUUUCUGUGAGACCAGGAAGGAAAAUGCAAGUAUUAUAAAACUACAGGAAAUUGCUAUUCAAAAAAAAAAAAUAA